AUGAGACUGUCGCCCAUCCCCUUACUCGCCGCACUCAGCCUUACCGCCUCAUCGACUACCGCCGCUUUCCCUCCCACCGUCGGCCUCUCCACGCUCUACGCAACCAGCUCGGCCCUCAUCCUCUCCUCCUCGCCCCUCGUUUCGGCCUCCUCCCCGCCGAUCCACGCCUCGCAGCGUACCUUCCGACUCGGUCAUCCCGCCGCCUCCUACACCACCAUGUCCACCCCAUCCCUCCCAUCUCAAACGGUCGCCUUUCCGGGGUUCGAAUCCACCCCGCGCAUCGAACCCUCCUCGUCGACCGCACAGCUCAUCCGCGACGCCCUGGAUCUGUUCGGUGCCCGCCCUUCGCCGGAUAUCUUCACCCGCUGGUCACCCACUGCGGUGUUCGCCGAUCCAAUCUGUCAUGCCGAAGGAGCCAAACAGUAUUUGGCGCAGUGGUACGGCAUGCCUGCUGCCUUCACGCAGUCGGAGACGCUCGCGUGGAAGCUCAUCAAAGAGGAAGAAAGGAGGAUCGAAUGGGUCCAGAAGCAAAAGUAUAAAGUCAAGGGACUGGGGAUGGUCAAGGAGAUGGUGAGUACGGUGGUGGUGGAGCGAGGAGAGGAUGGAAAGGUGACGAGGUUUGAGGAUCGAUGGAAUCACAAGCCGAUGGGCAGUAGUUUGGGGUGGCCGUUCAGGAGAUUGAACGCGGUGACGAUGCCUUUGAUCAUUGGCGUACCCAAGGAGACGCAGGGUGCGGUCAAGUUGUAA